UUGCUGAGGCACGAUGAAGGUUAUUCUUAUCCUUGGACUCUGCAUGACCCUGUUCUGCCAGGGAUACAGCACUGGAGCCACGUCUUGCAAAGGCAGAUGUGGUGAGAAAUACAACUCUCAGAAUGACUGCCACUGCAACUCCAAGUGCACUGAGUACAAAAACUGCUGCAGCGACUACACAGAACUCUGUCACAGUGUAGGAGGGGGUGGUGGUAGUGCCAUCACUGAUGCUGAGAUCAAGGCUGUCUCCGAGACCCUUUAUGCUCUGGACUCAAACAAGGCUUCAGCCUCUGAGUUGAUCAUUGACCCUCAGGUGCUGGUACCUGACUCUCAGACAAACCUGCAGACAGAUCUCAGCCCUAGACGCUUGUUCCGCUACCUGGAUGAGGAGGCUCUGUUCUCCAGGCCCACCUAUGCCGCUCUCCUGGCUGUGCUGGACAACUACCACCGGAUGACUGGGCAGGCAGAGGACUUCAGCCCUCAGCAGCUGGCGGAGCAGGACAUUUUUCUUAAGGAGACCAUGUGCACUGAGCUGGGCAAAGAGCUGUUUGCCUUCCUCUACACAAAGGGUAUCUAUGCGUCAAAGGAAGAGUUCAUUCAGGACCUGAAGAUGAUGUGGUUUGGUCUGUACUCCCGUAACAACAACAAGAUGGACUCCAGUGGUUUUGAACACACCUUUGCAGGAGAGGUCAAGGGAGGAAAGGUGUCUGGUUUCCAUAACUGGAUCCAGUUCUAUCUUCUUGAGAAAAGGGGGCACCUGAACUACUACAGCCACAGCUUCAAUGGGCCUUGGACUACCUACCCUGAUGUCCUGGGGAUGCAGUUUAUGUGGGAUGGUUACUUCAAGCAGGUCGGCUCUGCAGUCAUCGGCAGCAGUCCUGAAUUUGACUUUUCCGUUUACAGCCUCUGCUAUAUCGCUCGUCCUGGAAAACUGUGUCGCCUAAGCCUGGGAGGAAAGGAGCUCAGUGUCCAAACCUACACCUGGGAUAACUCUUUUUAUGACAGCAAGCAAUUUACAUAG